UGUGGGGCCAGACGGGGUGUUCAAUGAAGAGGACCAGGGGCCUAAUUCACGGACUGACCCCUUCAACACCUUUUUUAACACAGGAAGUUCUGGCCGCCAUGUUCCCAGGGCUAUAUUUGUGGACCUGGAGCCAACAGUGGUCGGUAAGCAAUUUAAUUUGUAACAUUUUGUUUCUCUCCACCCAUCAUUCAUGUUUGUGUGUGUGAUUGCACAUGUGUAGUGUAAAUGCAUAUCCAUCCUCAUGGGCCAGGCAGGAGUGCUAAUUGGGAAUGCAUGCAGGGACCUGUGCUGGAUGGAGCAUGGUAUCCAAGAGACAAGACCACUGGUGGUGGCGGUGAUGACCCCUUUUACACUUUCUUCAAUGAGCGUGGCUCAGGAAAGCUUGUACAAAGGGCUGUAUUUGUGGACCUAGCCAGAUGUAAUUGAUGAGGUCAGGACGGGAAUGUACAGGCAGCUCUACCAUCCUGAGCAGCUCAUCUCUGGAAAGGAGGAUGCAGCCAAUAACUACGCCCGUGGACACUACACCGUGGGUAAGGAGAUCAUUGACGGGGUUCUGGAGCGUGUCCGUAAAAUGACUGAACAGUGCACAGGGCUACAAGGAUUCCUCAUCUUCCACAGCUUCGGAGGAGGCACUGGCUCUGGUUUCACCUCUCUGCUGAUGGAGCGCCUGUCUGUUGACUACGGUAAGAAGUCCAAGCUGGAGUUUGCCAUCUACCCAGCUCCCCAAGUGUCCACAGCUGUGGUAGAGCCAUAUAAUUCCAUUCUGACCACCCACACCACCCUGGAUCACUCUGACUGUGCCUUCAUAGUGGACAAUGAGGCCAUCUAUGACAUCUGUCGGCGCAACCUUGAUGUUGAGCGCCCAUCCUACACCAACCUCAACAGAUUGAUCGGUCAGAUCGUUUCCUCCAUCACUGCCUCCCUACGCUUUGAUGGUGCCUUGAAUGUUGACCUCACAGAGUUCCAAACCAAUUUAGUCCCAUUCCCCCGCAUUCAUUUCCCUCUGGUCACCUACGCGCCCAUUAUCUCCGCUGAGAAGGCCUACCAUGAGCAGCUGACCAUCUCUGAGAUCACCACUGCCUGCUUCGAGCCAGCCAAUCAGAUGGUCAAGUGUGACCCUCGCCAUGGCAUGUACAUAGCCUGCUGUAUGCUGUACCGUGGCAAUGUGGUGCCCAAAGAUGUGAACGCUGCCAUUCAAAAUAUCAAGACCAGACGUUCCAUCCAGUUUGUGGAUUGGUGCCCCACCGGUUUCAAGGUUGGGAUCAACUAUCAGCCCCCGACUACCGUACCUGGAGGUGAUCUAGCUAAAGUCCAGAGGGCUGUGUGCAUGCUGAGCAACACCACUGCCAUUGCUGAAGCCUGGGCCCGUUUGGACCACAAGUUUGACCUCAUGUAUGCCAAACGUGCCUUUGUGCACUGGUAUGUAGGUGAGGGCAUGGAGGAGGGAGAGUUCUCUGAGGCCAGAGAAGACAUGGCUUGCCUGGAGAAGGAUUAUGAAGAGCUGGGCAGAACAAGCACAGAAUCUGAUGAUGAUGAAGCGGGUGAGGAAUAUUAAGAACCAAAUAACCAUGAUGUCCAAUCUGUCUAUUAAAAAUGUCAUAUUCUGUCUUUGUAUUCUUUCUUGUAACAAUAUAUUGUUGUAUCUGCCUGCCCUGAACAAAAACAUCUGACGUUGUAUAAACAGCCAGAUGCACUUUUUUUGUGGUUUAUUAACACCUUGUUAAUCGGUAUGUUUCAAAGUGCCAUGUUUUGCAAUUGCAAUAGUUUUCAGCUUCUGAAUAAAAUCCGUCUUGAGUACAACAUUGCAAAAUAUAUUUUUGUUUGGCCCUAGCACAUCUAGGGCCAAACUCAACCAGGAGUAGAUUGGAGAACCUUACCCACGUUCUGUUGUCAUGUUCUGUUUCAGUAAUAAUGUAUUGAGGAUUUAUAUUUAGGUUACUAACAGUAUAUUAUGAGUCUAUAGAUGUAUAAAUAUUUUAUAAUUAUGUAAUAACCAGUUGUAACCCAUUGCUGGUUGCAUUCAGUGAGCUGAUUACUGUUGCUACUGGGCUAUGGUCUCUGGAUCAUUAUUGUGGAGCGCGUCGAUGUAAUAUGCGACUAGCCUCAAACUGUGUUACAUAUUAAAACUCAUCAAUGCUCGCCCCCUGCAAAGCAGAUACAUCCAAUCAAAAUACUCCCAUCGGGGCUAUUUAAAGAACAAGAUCCGGCAGCGGUGAAGGUGUCACCUGAAUAUAUCCCUCCGCAAUAAUAAACAGUAGCCAGUGAGGAUACAAUGAAAAGCAUUUUCAAGAAUGAAUUCUCUGAAAUCAAAUUUUACCAAUCAAAAUGGUGCACAAUUAUGUAUAUUCAACUUGUCAAUGAGACGAUGUUUUGUUAGACGAACAAUAUUUGACACUAUAAUGAAGAUGCUGGUUUGGAUGUAGCAUAGGCUUCAAAUGCACUGUGUGCUACAGUACUUCACGGAGCACAUCAGUCGGGUGCAUUCAAUCUUGUGACUUAAUAAUAGGCCUCUACAUAGCCUAUAUAUGUUUCAUUACAAUUUAGUUUUUAAAAAAUUGAUCAGUCUGUCUGACUAAAGAAAAUAGUCAUUUAUGCGUGGUAUUUGUAUAUUUAUAUAUUCAUGUAUGUGAUUAACAAUUGAAAUAUUUAGGAAUAAUUUUAGAAAUAUAUUGGUGAAAUCGACAAUAAUCACAAUCCAUGUAAUAAAAGCCUAUCAUUUAUCUUGA